ACCCAGGGCGCACCGAGAUCCGCAAUGUUUGAGAUACUGAACGCUCCACCCGUAGAUCCCUUUCGGGCGCCCCUUUUGGACAGCCACUGGCCCACCCUGGUCAUACUGGCAGCCUACCUGCUGUUCGUGCUGAAGGUGGGCAGGCAGCUGAUGGAGCACCGGAUGCCCUUCGAUCUGCGCGGCGUGAUCAAGGUCUACAACAUCGUGCAGGUCCUGUACAACGGCGUAAUGCUUGUGGGCAGCUUUUACUUUAUGCUGAAAACCUACGACCUCAGAUGCAUCGUCAACCUGCCGCUGGACCACGAGUGGAAGAACACAGAGCGCUGGCUAACCUACUCGUAUUUCAUCAACAAGUUCCUGGACCUGCUGGACACCGUCUUCUUCGUGCUGCGCAAGAAGCACAGGCACUUGUCAUUCCUGCACAUCUUCCAUCACGCCUUCAUGCCCUACUUCUGUUUCCUGUACAUACGUUUCCACGGACACGGCGGCCAUGGCUUCUUCCUCUGCUUCUUCAAUGUCCUCGUGCACGUGCUCAUGUACACCUACUACUACGUUUCCUCCGUACGCAGGGAUGGCCAGGCAAAGGUCUGGUUCAAGCAGUACAUCACCAUCGUUCAGCUCGCCCAGUUCGUCAUUAUCCUCGUUCACUGCAUCUACACCCUACGGCAGCCCGACUGCAAUGCAUCCCGCGCGGUGCCAGUCUAUGGCGGCCUCGUCGCCAUCACAUUCAUCGCUCUGUUCACUAAUUUCUACAUAAAGGCCUACAUAAUGCCCAAGAAGAAGACGUCGAAGCGAAAGGUGCAAUGAAUGCUGGAUCUAAGCCCUCAGAUGUAUUAUUUAAAUAUUCGUUAAGCGAUCUAAAAAUUCCAAUAAACCACACAAUUCAAUAA